AAGCAUAAACUUAAAUCGUCUCAGAAGGACAAGGUGCGCCAGUUUAUGGCAUUUACCCAAGCUGGGGAAAGGACUGCAAUAUACUGUUUAACACAGAAUGACUGGAAACUAGAACUGGCAACAGACAACUACUUCCAGAACACAGCCUUGUACUGCAAAGAGUCAAUGAAAAGUACAGUAGACAAAAAGAAACUAGAACAAUUGUAUAACCGAUACAAAGAUCCACAAGAUGAAAAUAAAAUAGGAAUAGAUGGAAUCCAGUUGUUCUGUGAUGAUUUACAUUUGGAUCCAGCCAGUACCAGUGUAUUAGUCAUCGCAUGGAAGUUCCGAGCAGCUACACAAUGUGAAUUUAGUAAAAAGGAGUUUAUUGAUGGCAUGACAGAGCUUGGGUGUGACAGCACAGAAAAACUGAGGGCUCAGUUACCCCGGCUUGAACAGGAGUUGAAAGAUCCUCUUAAAUUUAAAGACUUCUAUCAGUUUACAUUUAAUUUUGCAAAAAAUCCUGGACAAAAAGGGUUAGAUUUGGAUAUGGCAAUUGCAUACUGGAAUUUAGUAUUGUCUGGAAGAUUCAAAUUUUUAGAUCUGUGGAAUAAGUUUUUGUUGGAACAUCAUAAAAGAUCCAUCCCAAAGGAUACCUGGAACCUCCUGUUGGAUUUUGGAAAUAUGAUUGCAGAUGACAUGUCCAACUAUGAUGAAGAAGGGGCAUGGCCUGUUCUUAUAGAUGAUUUUGUGGAGUAUGCAAGACCAUUAGUGACGAGCGAGAAACGCAAAGCCCUUUAA